AUGCCGUAUUUGGAGGAUCUCCAGCGAGGAACUUCAAGGUUGGACCUGGAGCGUACUGCGUCCGCUACUACCUCAUGUCGCGAAGAUCCUCAGCAUGACCUUGCCAUCGAACGAAUAGAUACAUAUCGAGUCCAGCAGCAAGCUACCAUUGGGUCGACUCGCAGCCGAGUACCACGAGAACAAUGGCUGUCUAUGGGGGCCGGCAAGCCUUAUCCUCCUGAUCUCCCCAAUGCAGAAGGAUAUAUUGUUGAAUUUGAGGGCUCUGAUGACCCUGCGCAUCCCCAGAAUUGGCCCUUUCGGUUGAGCCUACGGCAGUGCCGUGUUCGCUACGGCAGUGCCGUGUUCGCUACGGCAGCUGAUGGAGUUAUCAAGGAAUUCGGUUUCAGUCAUGAAGUUGCUGACCUUGGCACGACUCUCUACGUUCUGGGAUUCGCCGCGGGGCCAACCAUCUGGGCUCCAGCAUCCGAGCUAAUAGGUCGUCGUUGGCCGCUGCUUGUUGGAAUGUUUGGUUUUAGCGUGUUCACCAUUGCAUGCGCCACGGCCAAAGAUGCCCAAACCUUAUUUCUCACCCGUUUCUUCUCUGGCUUCUUCGCCGCAAGUAUCAUUGCACUUGUCCCCGCUACAAUGUCUGAUAUUUUUAUGAGUGCUGAUCGUGGGGUCGCCAUCGCCAUGUAUACCGUGUCUGUGUUCACGGGGCCAUUCAUUUCCCCCUUUAUCGGCGGCUUCACAGCAGCCAGCUAUUUGGGCUGGCGAUGGACUCUGUAUGUCCCUGCAAUUGUGGGGUUCUUUGGUCUUGCUUUGAUGGCCAUCUUCUGCAAAGAGACUUAUCCGCCCGUGGUGCUUAUUGAAAAGGCCUCCAUUCUACGCCGGCAGACUCACAAUUGGGGUAUUCAUGCCCGGCAGGAUGAAAUUGAGGUCGAUUUCCGUGAAUUGGUGACCAAGAACAUGGCGCGCCCCUUCCUAAUCUUAUUUACGGAACCGAUUGCUUUUUGCCUCACAGUGUACAUGUCUUUUCUUUACGGUUUGGCUUAUGCGUUCCUUGAGGCAUUCCCAUUGGUGUUCACAGACGUCCACGGCAUGCCUGCGGGGGUGAGCGGAUUACCCUUUAUUGCUUUGAUCAUUGGACAAAUCUUUGGUGCUGUAUUUGUCUUGGGCUUGCAACCGACAUUCCGUUGUAAGUCAGAGGAAAACCAUGGCAAUUGGGUGCCAGAGUGGCGUUUACCCCCCUGUAUCUUGGGAGGUGCUAUAUUUUCUGCCGGCUUGUUCUGGUUCGGCUGGACAGGAUGGAGUUCCUCGAUCCAUUGGAUGGCUCCAACAGCUUCGGGAGUCUUCAUUGGGUUCGGCUUGACGUCAAUAUUUAUGUCGUGUUUCAAUUACUUGUUGGAUUCUUAUUCUAAUUUCGCUGCGUCCGCCUUCGCCGCCAAUACCAUGAUGCGAUCGAUGGUGGGAGCCUGCUUCCCCCUCUUUACCACUCAAAUGUUCAACAACAUGGGGAUCCAAUGGGCAGGAACACUUUUGGGAUUUAUGGCUGCUAUAAUGGUGCCUAUCCCGGUACUGUUCUAUGUGUAUGGUGGUCGUCUUCGGCGGAUGAGCAAGCUGGCUCCAGUGCAAGAGCCAAUCUGUUAG